AUGGGCUCGCUGGUGAUCAGCCAAGUGGCGCCGGGACUCGGUCAGCAUCCCUAUCACCACAUGAUGGUGGACACCAAUCCUCAUCACGAAGACUCCGACAGAGGAUACAGCGCAAGCGCCUCCUCUGAUCAGACACCUGUCAUCCACGAGCCUUCGGAAGAUUCGUCGACUCCAGGGUCACAGCACGAUGACCAUGAGCCAGGCAGUGCUCAUUCAUCCUCUCCCCACCAUCAACAUUCCUCUUACUACCCUCAAAAUGUGAACCAACACUCGCGUGGAUUCGAUCAGUCCGGCUUCCCUCUGACCAGCGACCCUCGCGUCGUGGUCGCCAACUCUCCUCCCUCUCCGCGGUUACAACCCACUUAUCGCUCAACUAGGUCAUUAGGCGCGUCAGAAGCAAGUUCUCCUAGUCGGAUAAAAGUGAGAGACUUGUCACAUAUCCGCAGUCUUGCGAGUGAAGAAUACUUGAACCGUCCGCGAUUGUCAGGUCGCUCUGCCAGCUCCUAUUCGGAUACAGGGAGGCAAUAUGAAAUCAGUGCCAUGCCCGUUACAGACAUUAUCGAAAUGGUCGCGGGUCUUCUUACCAAGAUAACCACCACCAAUGAUCGGCAGCACGAGCACCAUCGCCCAAUUCCUCUAACAGAGGAACAGAGUCAUCUAAACCCGCACGCAUCUUGCGUCCUGGCUUUUCACGGCAAGAACGUUCCCGGAAUUACGAUCCUAAGUUAUCUGAGUCGGAUACAUAAGUAUUGUCCAACUACCUACGAGGUUUUCUUGAGUCUGCUGGUCUACUUUGAUCGCAUGACGGAGAUGGUCAAUCGGGGGCUUCUUGGGAACGUCAACAGGCGACCGGACGAUUCGCCUGCCACAGCGCCUGAGUCAUCCACACCCACUCCGCGUUCCCCGGUUCCUAUGAACGUGGACAGCCCUCAAGAGCACCACGAUAUCAGCACGCCCCCCUCUCCCUCGGACUCACGCCAACAGUCCCUGCAUCAGCAUCCCUCAUCGCCACAAACAUCCAGCGCUCCGACCGAUUUGUCACAAUUUUUCGUGGUUGAUAGCUACAACAUUCAUCGCCUGGUAAUUGCCGGUGUCACUUGCGCCAGCAAAUUCUUCUCUGAUGUUUUUUACACGAAUUCUAGAUACGCAAAGGUGGGAGGGCUACCCCUAGCCGAACUGAACAACCUUGAACUCCAAUUCCUCCUUCUCAACGACUUCAGACUUUCUGUACCGGUGGAGGAGCUCGAGGCCUACGGCACUAUGCUGGUCGAGUUUUACGCUAGGGAAUUACUGGCCCAGCAACAGCUCGCUCAGCAACAACAGCAGCAGCAUCAUCAAAGUGGUACAGCUGGUCCAUCUCCUCCCACUGGUGCGGGAGAUGGGAUGUACAUGCGCUCCCCGGGAGCCGAAGUUGGAUCAUCGUCGACACAGGAGUAG